UCAGCCUACGCUGAAAAUGAGCAGUGCACAGGCUAGACUAAUCUAAGAGAUUAACGACUGCAAGAUGUUUAGAUCACUUGUCAUCUUUGUACUAGUGUUACAUGAAUUGACUGUUGGACAAAAUUUUAAUACCACAAAUGAACAGUUGGAACCAAUUUCCGACGGGGAAGUAGAGUACGGCGAAAAAAGCGACGCGGCGUUUGAUGAAGUGCUUUUAUCUCUUGAUGGACGUCCCGUCAAAUUACCCAAGAAAGCGAAAAUAGAGAGCCUGUAUAGCAGACAGUAUAGGGCUGGCAGUAUCGAUACCUAUGAGGAAUCGCGCUCCAGGUGUGAACGUGGCAACUACAGUGCCAUCAAAGACGUGACCCGGUUGGCAGACGUGAAUCUUUAUGUGCAGUUCCUGCAGUACCAGGAUUGGUAUGGGGAUUACAAAAAGUGCUGCCCCGCCUCCCAGAACUACGGCUGCCGCAGCGUCAAGCGACUUCUGCCUUGCUUUAGGUCUUACGUCACCAAGUUCGCAUGGUGCUGUCCCCUAGAGAGAAUCGCUGUGGUCUCUUGCAAUUGUGGGAAGUGCGGUAGAUUUGACAACUACUGUUUCUACAUUGGUCAGUGCCAGCGACGCUUCACCUACACCAGAUACGCUGCCGUCUGCUACGACACCUGGUGGCGAACGGUCAUGUAUUUCGUCAGUUACCUGCCCACCAGCUGCUACUGUAGGCUCACCUAGCAGCAGACGAUCAGGAAACGUCCUUGACACCAGAGCAGCAGAAUUAUGUCACCUACUUUGAUAAUUUGUGUUCAUUAGCAUAUUUUGAAGAAUUUCGUCCAAAUCUCGCUAAUCAACACACACAACUGUAGAUAACUCUGCUCAGACCUUGUCAUCUAAUAAAAUGAUUUGUAGAAAUAA